AUGGAGACAUGGGUAUCACAAGAUAUUUCGGCUGCGCGUUAUCGGCGUGUUGCGUCAGUUGAUCUUGAGGGCGCUAUCUUCUUCCGCUCCCUGAUUGGUGCAGUGUUGGUACCUAAAAAGCCCAAAGGGCAAGCUGAAGUUUGUCGUAUCUGUUUUAAGCAGGGACGAACCCAUACAAUAGCAAUAUCGUCCUCAGUUGAUCCUCAAUUCACCGCCUCCGUUAUUGCUCCAAAUACCAACAUGGCAAACUGCAUAUACCAAUACUCCGUGCUGGGAGCGCUCAUGGACGGCAUCUGUCAAGAUGGAACCACGGCGCAAAACAUUCUCAAACAUGGUGACCAUGGCAUCGGCACCAUGCGCGGUCUCAACGGCGAACUAGUGAUCAUCGACGGGGUGGCAUAUCACUUCCCAGCGGACGGACCCCUACGCCCUGUCGAAGACGCGGAUAUAAUUCCAUACGCAAUGGCUACUAAGUUCCAGCCCACGCUGACCAGCCAUGUUCCCUGCACCUCCAUGUCGUCUCUAUUCGACACGCUGUCACCUGUAUUUCCGGGUGAGCAGAACGUCUUCCUCUCGAUUCGACUCGUUGCCUCCUUCUCGCGGGUCGUCUUUCGCGUGAUUCCAGCCCAGUCAAACCCACGGGAAACCCUUUUAGAUCUGGCGAAAAGGCAGGAGAUCCGAGAAUGCAGACAUAUACAGGGCACGCUGUUCGGAUUUUGGUCACCCAAGUAUACCAGUGGGCUUAGCGUACCGGGAUUCCACCUGCAUUUGCUGUCCACGGAUCGUACUUUGGGCGGCCAUGUUAUGGAUUUUGAUGCAGAGGAUGGGCAGCUGGGUGCAGCAGUGGUGAGAAAUUAUCAGGUGGAACUUCCUGAUUCGGAGGAAUUUCGCGAGGCACCCUUGAACUGCGUGAAGGAGCAAGAGCUGCACACUGCUGAGGGAGUCCCCACUUCUCACUAA